CUUGUUUUCUUCUCCUAAGGAUUUUUUUCUAUAUACUUGAGAUGUUUUAUGGAGAGCUUAAUUAAUAAAUUGGCCGAUUCUGCCGCAUUGGCCUUGAUGCCCUCAUUAAUACAACUCUUUCCAUCAUUUAUUGUAUUCAAGUGCAAAGAUUUCCGCCGCGAAAAAUAUGGCCUUGAAUGUGCUAUUUGCUCUGGCAGUUUGAGUUUUGAUGAUUUGCUUCGUCUUUUAACAGUUUGCUAUCACGUUUUUCACCAAGAAUGUAUCGGAUCUUUGGCCUUCGAAUCUCAUGUGAAAACAUGUCCAGUUUGUCUUAGCGAUCUUUAUUUGCCUAGAGAACUGUUUGGAAAAAGAUCAUAA